AAAGCUAAACAACAACAACAAAAACAAAAAACAAAACAUUUUGCCUAUAGAAUCGUUUAAGUUCCCCUAUAAACCCUAAAGGAUCACAUCUAGCUAGAGACUCAAUGGAUCAACAAGGAAUGGACAAGAGAAGACUAGCCGUUCUCGUCGGCUGCAACUACCCUAACACAAGGAACGAGCUUCACGGCUGCGUCAACGACGUUUUAGCCAUGAAAGAAACUCUUUUGACCCGUUUCGGAUUCAAACAAGACGACAUGGAGGUGCUAACGGACGAGCCAGAGUCAAAGGUGAAGCCGACCGGUGCCAACAUCAAGGCUGCUUUACGUAGAAUGGUGGAUAAGGCUCAAGCCGGAUCUGGAGACGUCUUGUUCUUCCACUAUAGUGGCCAUGGAACUCGGAUUCCUUCUGGUCAUCCUUUUAAAAAAGACGAAGCUAUUGUUCCUUGUGAUUUCAAUCUCAUCACAGAUAUUGAUUUCAGAGAAUUGGUCAAUCAACUUCCUAAAGGAACAAGCUUUACAAUGAUCUCCGAUUCUUGCCAUAGCGGUGGUCUCAUAGACAAUGAGAAAGAACAGAUCGGACCCUAUUCCGUCUCCGACGAUAAACCUCUGGCCAUGGAGACAAGGACGACGAUGACACCAAUAACAUCACGUGCCUUGCCCUUCAAGACAGUCCUCGACCACUUGAGUUCUCUAACCGGAAUCUCAACUUCCGACAUUGGCACACACUUACUCGAACUCUUUGGCGGGGACGCUGGCCUUAAAUUCCGGUUACCGGCGAUGGAUCUGAUGGAUCUCUUGGAGAAAAUGACGGCGCGAGAGAGACACGUGGACGCCGGGAUAUUGUUGAGUGGGUGUCAGGCGGAUGAGACGUCUGCUGACGUGGGCGGUGGCGGUGGGAAGGCGUAUGGAGCGUUUAGCAACGCGAUUCAGACGGUGUUGAAGGAAAAUGGAGGUGCCUUGAAGAACAAGCAACUAGUGAUGAUGGCAAGGGAUGUGCUUGAGAGACUAGGGUUUCAGCAGCAUCCUUGUCUCUACUGCAGCGACCAGAACGCGGACGCGACGUUCCUGUCUCAGCCUUGAUACGACCAACUGGAUUUAUAUUUAAUGAACUGGGAUAAUUUGUGUUUGUUUUUCUUUUAUUUGUUCUACUGCGUUUGCGUUUGGGAUGUCUAUAUUUUUACUCUUUGUGUUGGGUUCUAAAAUCAAUUGGACGAAUAAAAAAAUGUUGAUUAUUAA